AUGGCGGACAGUGAAACUAACGCAGAGAAAUCAGCCAAAUUCGAAGAUUUCUUAAGCUCCCUACCACAAGAGAUCAAGGCCGAGAUUCUAUCUCGACUGCCAUUGAAGACGGUAGCUCAAUCCAGAGCUGUCUCGAAUCCACACUUCCGUAUUCUUCACGAACUUUACGAUGAUGCCGGCGAGGAAGAAGACAAUAAGGCUGGUCGCAUAUUUCGAGAGAUCAAUUUGCUCUUUUCCGAUGAUUGCAUCCCCAGAAGCUUUGGGAUAGUCGGCUCUUGCAAUGGCCUUCUGUGCUUAGCCUAUUCGUCCUAUGACUAUCCCCGCCCAAGAAUCUACCUUUACAAUCCCUUUACAAAGACCUUCAAAUUGCUGCCAAAGAAUCAUCUGAUCAGUAAGGUGGAUUGUCGAGAUGAAUCUUACAAAUCCGUGCUUGGGUUUGGAUACAAUCUUUCCUCCCAGGAUUAUACUGUGGUGAGUGUGGAUUAUAUGAUAAUUUCUGAACAGGAGGAGAAAACGAAUGCGUAUGUGUAUACUUUCAAGAGUAACACAUGGAAAAGGGCCGAGAAUGUGCCGGUUCAUAGGUUUGGAGAAGCAUUCCCUGUAGGGGUUUUGGCGUGCGGGAGGCUGCACUGGUUGAGGGACAGUCAGUGGGGCAUUGUUUCUUUCGACUUGGUGGACAAUUUUUUCCGGGAGGUCGAAAUGGAUUUGGCCAUGAUGGUUAAAAACUCGGCCCAUCCGCUGUCUAGGUGGACUUGGCUCCACAUUGCAGUUUUAGGAGGACACCUAUCGCUUGUGGUGGACAAUCGCGUGCAGAUUGUGAUUUGGGGUAUGAGAGAGUAUGGGGUGAAGGAGUUGUGGGAGAGGAUGUAUACUCUCGGACAGACGUUUUACGACAAGAAAAAUGGGGAUAUUCUUCUCGCAAUCUACUUUUUUGGGUUGGUCAGCUAUAAUCCACGCGAUGGGGCGGUUGGGUUUGUUUUUAAAUGUGAUGGGUUUGGAUUUGCGGGGGAUCGUAUUCGUGUUACUGCUGCAAACAAUUUGUCAGUCGUUAUUAAUAAUUUUUCUGCCUUGGUGCUGAUGAUUCUGGUUGAUGAAGUGAAAACAGGGGAUCUUGCCCCUGCCAGAAGAGAUGAAGAUCGAGAUUCUAUCUCGAAUGCCCUUGAAGUCGGUGGCUCAAUCCAGAGCCGUUUGUCGGACGUGGAACUUGACUCACGGUGA